GUUGCUGCCCAUCCACCCGCUCCUACCCCCAACCCUUAACCGUCCCAACUAUGGCGCGAAGGGCAGCUGCCGUCCUGCUCUCCCUCGCUCUCCUUCCCCUUUCGCUCUCCUUCCCCCUCUCCGCCGUGUCGCGCCAGACCACCGUCACCUCGUGCGACGACUGGGUCUCUGUCUACAACGACUACUGGUCCAAGUUCCCGCAGUGCCACCGCGGCCUCUCCACCACCCAAUGCUGUGAGCUCUACGACCUCAUGGACAAGAGCAUUCGCAUCUUCGAAUCAUCUCUGGGCUGCGUCGUCACAAACCUCCAAGUCUUUGCAGAGCGCUACGCAGCCCACUGCAAAGGAGGCACAGGCAUGGAAGACACAGGCUCCUCGCCCCCCACAGCCACAACCCCCCCUCCCGCGGCCACUGACACCGCCGCCACCACAUACUCUGGUUCGAGCGGUGGCACGGAGGGCGGCCAUGGUUGUGGCAGUACCGGCUGUCAGACCCGACCCACCGGCUAUUGUUCAUGCUGCCCUACGUGCUGUAACUACAACGCCGCUCGCGCUGUCCAUGAGCUCAAGCCUCGAUUCCUGUUGCCAGCUUCCUUGACUCUGCGAACUGGUUCGUGCAUCAACUGCAGCAAUCCGGGCGGCUGCGCCUGCGAUGCUAGCAGAUGCGGGGAAUGCAAUUCUUGCCAGGCUCCUUCACCACCACCACCACCAGCUGAGCCGAAGUGUCAUCAAUGCUGUAGUACUUGCUGCAGGAGUGGCCGCAGCACCGUCCAGUUACUGACCAAGAGGGAGACUCUACCUGUGUCGGCAGCGAACGUCGAAAGCAGGUGCGGUUGCGGAGGCUCCGGAGACAUUCAUUGUUCCACACACUGCAGUGGAUGCGCCAGACCCAACGCUUGUGAUGUUUGCCGGCAGGGAUGCACCAACUGCCCAGUAGAAUGUCACUCGCAGUACUCCUGCAGUUCAACUAGCGGAGGGACAUGCCCGUCGUGUCCUCCUUCCGGAGGCUCAGGUGCGAGCACGAAUGCUGGUGGUGAGCAGCAGCAGGCUCCACGCGAUGAUGAUGAUGGUUCGGUUUGCUUCGGUGCCGAGGCAAUGGUGCAGGUGGCUGGUGGCAAGCGGAAGCGGAUGGAUGAGGUCAAAGUGGGUGACGUGGUCCACGUGGGACACGGGGUGUACAGCGAGGUGUUUUUGUUUACUCAUCGGUCAGAUGUUCAUGUCGCGAUGUUUGUGAACUUGCACACAAAGAAGGGGACGCUCUCGGCGACAGAGGGGCACUUUGUGCACUCUUCGCGAGGCGUGGUACCGGCUGAGACAUUGCAGGUUGGGGACCUUAUUCCGACGGACCAAGGGAAAUGGGAACGGGUUGUGGAGAUUUCAAGUGAACUCUGCACGGAGACAUUGUGGUAG